UUGGUCUCUCUCUCUCUCCCUCUUGUGAUCUCUCUCUCUCUCCCUCUUUUUGAUUCAAUGUUUAUUCUCUACUUCGCUCCGACGAUUUGAAUCCCUAAAUGUUGAUUGUUAGUUAAGACUGCCACCUGCCACGCAUGAUUGCCGCCAAUUCUCUUCCUGGAACCGUUAAUUGUGGCGCGGGAGGAAUUUCGAGUAAUUUCCGGCGCCGUAUUCUGGUCGGCGGUGGAAGUGUAGGCGAAAUGUCCUGCAUGAACUUGGGAUUCGACUCGAAGACUGCUCAUGGAGAGAGAAGUAUAGUGGGAUUGGUUCAGAGUAUGAAGAUAAGCUGCUUCAAGGAAAGGCCGAGGAAGGGGCAGAAGGUGGAGUUGGAGUCCGUGCGAGGAGGGGAAGAUGUUUGGGAUGCAGCAUCGGUAGAACCAAAGUUGUUUCCGGAGCAUCUCGUGAUAAUGGUUAAUGGCAUCAUUGGGAGUGCUGAGGAUUGGAGAUAUGCAGCGGAGCAAUUUGUGAAAAGGCUUCCAGACAAAGUUAUUGUGCACCGCAGUGAAUGCAACUAUUCAAGAUUAACUUUUGAUGGUGUUGACUUGAUGGGUGAGAGGUUAGCAGAUGAGGUAUGUUCAGUUGUUAGACGCAGACCUGGAGUGCGAAAGAUCUCCUUUGUCGCUCACUCUUUGGGUGGCUUGGUAGCGAGGUAUGCAAUUGGAAGGCUGUAUAAACCUUUUCCGGAAAGGGAGUCAUCAGUUCUUGCUGGGAAUGGCUCAAGCGAGGAACAUUCAAGUUAUUCAGUGCAAAGCCUUGAACAAUCUCUUGAAGGUAGAAUUGCUGGGUUGGAACCCAUGAAUUUUAUAACAUGUGCAACACCUCAUCUGGGUUCACGGGGACAUAAACAGCUCCCAUUCCUCUGUGGCCUUCCUUUUCUGGAGAAAAGGGCAUCACAGACUGCGCAUUGGAUUGUUGGGCGGACUGGGAAACACCUUUUUCUCACUGACAAUGAUGAUGGGAUGCCUCUUCUUCUUCAAAUGGUUAAUGACUGUCCUGACCUAAAAUUCAUGUCUGCUCUACGAUCUUUUAAGCGCCGUGUUGCAUAUGCCAAUGCAAACUAUGAUCAUAUGGUUGGCUGGAGGACAUCAUCAAUCCGCCGUCAACAUGAGCUACCAAAGUCCAAUCUUCUCGUAAAACACGAGAAGUAUCCACACAUUGUGUAUAUUGAGGGAGAUACAGCUACAGACAUGAACAGAAGAUCAUCUUCUCGUGUCGGGGAUGAGACAGUUGACAUGGAAGAGGAGAUGAUAAGAGGUCUCACUCAAGUUGCUUGGGAACGAGUGGAUGUUAGCUUCCAGAAAAGUAGACAAAGAUAUAUUGCACACAGUACCAUUCAGGUGAAGAGCUAUUGGUUGUGUUCAGAUGGAGUGGACGUGGUUUUUCACUUGAUUGAUAACUUCCUUCUCUAGUUCCAGUACAGAUUCUUGGUGCCUCUGUAUGGUGAAUCAUUGGUGAUAGCUUAGAUUGCUUGUUCACUUGUAAGUGUGUACGUUAUCGGUUUUCUUGCGCAGUGUGAGUGCUUUUACACAAUUAACUAUGUGUUGUAUGUCAGCUAUUCUUUACUGUAAUCAUACUCUUAUGAUUUUCAUCCUUGAUUUCCUCGGUGUCAGUUCAUUGCUGACCUAUUCAAUCAACUUUGCAAGUGACAAAUCUCAUGUAAAUCUAUUAUUAUUUUAAACUGCAACCAGUGCAACCCGGUGAAA